AGCUGCCUAGUGAGAGAAACUGCGUUUCUAAUGAGAGAAAUCUGUUACUCCCAAGUUUCUACAUGAUUUUCCAUGGUGAUUUCGCCGAAUUCCUCAUCUUUUUUGAUUCCAUGCUCUUCACUGAGUGUUGUACCCUCAUCUUCCACGACUCACGAAAAGUUCCAAGCUGAAAUCUUGGCUGUUACUGGUGCUUCUUCUUUGGCCCAGGUGAAUUACCCUCAAUUGGUUCCUUCGGUCACAGCUGCAGGUCCUGGUCCUUUGACUUCACAAAUCACCCUUGUGAUGGGCCCUGUUUCUGGUAAAGUUGCCUCAUGCUGUCCGAGAGGAGGGGAUAAAGCUAUGAGAGGACUGUUUGAUAGGUUGUGUCCCUCUGUGGAUGUGCGAGUUGAGUAUCCUUGGUUGCCUACUACUUGCAAUACUUGUAAUAAACGGGGACAUACCUCCCACAAUUGCAAGUCAAGGAAAGACAAAUCACAGCCUAAUAAGAAAGAGUGGGUAAAAGUUGCUGAGAUGAACAAAAGGAAACAACCAGAUGUGUCUUGCAAGCAGGUUAAUGAUGUUCCAAAUGUGGAGUCUGCACUCCAUACUUGUCAUGAAUUACUACCAGUACAGAAAGGAAACCAACCUGUCAAACCAUUUUCACAGAAUGAACCUCUACUCACAGCCCAGGGAGAGACUACUGUAUCUCUUAUGGAGGAGCAAGGACCUAUUGAGAAGCAAAAUUCUCUAGAAGCUUUGGCCUUAUUAAUGACAAGCAGACCUGUCCUCCUUUUUAGGAGACGAUUAUGGGAUGAAUUAGUUGCUCUAAGCAGGGUGCUGCCUGAAGUGCCUUGGAUUCUAGGAGCUGACUUUAAUGAAGUUAGAUAUCUGCAAGAGAGGUCUGAUUGGAUCCAAAACAUGCACUUCUCCAAGGAUUCUGAGUUGUUUAAUGACAGGUUGAGUGAAGCUGAACUUUCUGAUCUUCCUGCUUUUGGGCCUAAAUUUACAUGGUCGAACAAGAGAAUAGAAGGACUCUCUGUUAAAAAGCUUGACAGGCUAUUAGUCAACAGCACUUGGUUUAGCACCUUUCCAAGAACUAGAGCAGAGUUUCUUCCUCCUGACAUCUCAGACCAUUGUGCUGGGUCGGAAGUUUGGUCGUCUGUCACAGUUUCAAGAUAUUACAUGUUUCAGCUUUGUAAAAAGUUAAAGGCUCUUAAGGCCCCUCUACAACAGCUUAAUAAGGAUUGUUACAGUGAUCUGCAGGGAAGGAUUCAACAAGAGACUUCAAAAUUACAUGCUAUCCAAAUUGAUUUGUUAGCUAAUCCUCAUGAAGAUUUGGUUUUGGUAGAACAGGAACAGGCUAGGAGGGUGGCAAAGCUAUCACUUGUUGAAGAAGCCUUUCUAAAACAAAAAUCUAGAGUGCACUGGCUAUCUAGGAAGGAGACCAAAAUACUACUUACUUUCAUAAAGUCCUGCCCAUCCAAGAUGACUGACUCUAGGCCUAUAUCCUGCUGCAAUCUGAUUUACAAAUGCAUCACGAAGAUUAUUGCUAAUAGAUUGAAAAGGUGUCUACCUCUAUUCAUUAUAGCUCCAACCAAUGUGCUUUUAUUGAAGGCUAAUGGUGGAGAAUAUACUGCUCGCACAAGAGUUGCAUUAGAAGCUUUAUCUUUUCCUCCCACUUUUAUCAAUUGGAUUAAGGCUUGUAUCACCUCCCUUACGUUCUCAGUUGCUCUAAAUGGGAAUUUAGAAGGCUAUUUUCUUGUAUUCACCGACAGUUCAACAAGAGCUAUUGCUGUUGAUUUGAUAUUGAGACAAUUUUAUUUGGCCACAGGUAGAGCAGCUAAUGCAAGAGGAGCCAAGGUAAGUUGGGCAGCAGCAUUUCAACCAAAGAUGGAAGGAAGAUUAGGCUUGAAGCCUUUGCAUAAUUGGAAUGUGGCUUGCAUUUUGCAAUUUAUUGAGCUGCUUCACCAAGGCUAUGGAGGAUCAGGUUGUUUGGUUGGCUUCUCCAUCAGGUCCAAACAGAAGAAUUGGUCUUCUUCCAUUGAUGACACUUGUGUGCUGUGGGAAUGCAAGUGAAACUAGGAACCAUCUCUUCUUUUCCUGUCCCUACACUACUCUUAUUUGGGAAAAGAUUUCUUCUAUGCUGGAAAUCCCAUUAAACUACAUUUGGCAAGAUGCUUUGGAUUGGUUAUGUAAGAGAGUUAAACAUAAGGCAUUGUACAACUCUCUUCUUAAAUUAGCUUGGUGUGCGCAUCAAUAUAUCAUAUCUGGAUUG